CCUAGCGCAGUCAGUAAGCGGCGAGCGAGCGAGUGAAGCAGUAUCCGUCAUCCAGUGUUGUCUGAGCGGUAGUGGAGAGAGGGCGCAGUGCCAGGGAUCGACCGUGGUCUACAGUAUAGUCUCGCCGCCACUGGGAUAUCGACGGUCAGCGUGCCGCCAGAAGGGCGUGAUCUACCACUGCCAAGUCUCUGGAUCGGCCGUGCUCGCCCCACACACCACUAGCAGCCCGCUGCCGCGCUUCCGCACCGCCCGCACCAUGGGAGACGUCAAGAUGGUCACCCUCCUCGACGUGGCCAAGCAUCCAGAAUAUUCGGAGAAUGAGCUCUCCAACCUCUUCCAACUGUUCUGCAAGUACGCGGAGCCAAACACGAAGAAGGGCACUAUCUCUUUGGAGAGCUUUAAGAAGUUACUUGAGGCGCUAGAAUUGACGCAGACCCACCUGGAGGCCAAGGAGACCUACGACAAAGUGGCAAAAGAUGGCAAAGUCACGUUGGACGAGUUCAUGAAGUUAGUGAAGGAUCUUACUGCCAAGACUGGCAAAAUCAACCUGGACCUGGUGGUGAAAUUGGCGGCCCAAGAGGAAGUGGAUGUGGACAACGUGGGAGUUGGCGGCGCCAAGAGGUUCUUCGAAGCCAAGGCGCGCAUCUUGGAGGUCGGGGAUGCUGCUUACCGCGCCUUCGAAGACAAGAAGAGGGAGGAGGAGGAAAGGAAGAAAAGACAAGAGGAAUUUCAGAAGAAAAAGCAACAGUUUCAACCAGCGGCCUAGAGCUCUACACAGACGUGCCAACUUGGCUAUCCUUAUAGGAAAGGGAAAGCUCAGUUAUAGUAGACUUUUAAUGUUUUAUAUAAUAUAGUAUUUUCUUGAGUUAGAGAUGAGCAGUAUUAUACAGAGAAAAUGAAGAAUAGAUCUACAGCAUGAUGACAUGAUGAGAUAAAUAGUCAAGACUCAAUGACCCGUUCAUCUAUCUAAGCAAUAUUAUAACUUUAAGCAAACGGGACACACACACGCACACACACACACACACACACACACACACACACACACACACACACACACACACACACACACACACACACACACACACACACACACACUGUGCUUGAUCUUCCGAUGAUAUAGAGCGACCAUGCCUUACUAAAAUUAGAAAUAUCAUUGUUGAGUCAUCACAGUUUUAGAGCGUAAGUCCUAACACACGAGGAACAUUUAUUAGCUCAAUAGAAAAGUUCGUCUCUUAAGUUGUGUUUCCACUGUACGUAGGAAAGUCGGUGGAUGUGGAUGGUUACUGGAGCGCCAUGAGGCAGUACACCAGUAAGAGCUCACCAGGGAAAGCGCAGUGUCUUUCUCUUCACCCUUCCCCCUUUCCUUUGCUGGCCUCCUCUUUCCGGGUGUCAGUAUCGGAAGCGUUCUUCUGUAUUGUGGUGUUCGUCGUGUUGAAUGUUUGGCAGGAAUUCUCAUAGAUAUCUUUAAUGUUAUUUUUAAUAUAUAUUUUUUAAUCCUUAGGAAUGUAGUUUUUAAUCAUUCCACUUAGAUUCAUCUGCAUAUACGUACAUAUAUGUACAUACAUUAUACACACUUGCAUCAACUUUCCACAGUAGUUGUAUCAGCAAAGUUUGUACUAUUUUGGCUGGUUGUAUUUUUGUUCUUACUUGCACAGAACUUUGCCAGUGGUCAGCCAUCAUCAUUUUGCCUAUGUUCGCAGCGUUUCUUUUUUUAAGUUCUUUUAGCAUUGGAGAGUUUGUUCUUAGUACAAUAAAUGAAAGGAAAUUGUGUGUGUUUUGAAAAUAUUUAGAUUUCUAAAAAGAACAAAAAGAUGUAUCAUCAGUUGUCAUGAGAGGAAUCAUGGUUUGUCGAUCGUAAAGUGUUAUCAUUUAUGUAUUUUGGGAGUUUGUCAUAAAUGAUUCCAUCUC